AUGCCGCAUUCGUUGGCCACGUUCAAGCCUCUGGUGAGCCAGCUCGUGCAGAGCUUGGCGGUCCCACCGCCGCCGAGCGGCAAGAUGCGUCCCCCCGCUGCGCCGCUUACGCAGUCGCAGCUGGAGGCCCUGCUCCUUCACCUCACGGAUGUCGAAUUCACAUCGGACGCGGCGCACUAUGCGCAGAUCGGUGCGGCCCUCACGGCCCUGCGCAUGAGCGGGCUGGAUCGCGAGCCAUCGACGCUCGUGUUCAUGCGCGACCAUUUUCUCGCGCAGGUAGCGCCGAUCGCCAUCCCAGAGCUGCCGGCGUCGCCCCACACGGACUACCGUGGCUGGGUAGACAUGGUCGGCACGGGCGGCGACGGCCAAGACUCGUUCAACGUGUCGACUACGGCAUCGUUCGUGGCAGCGGGUGUGGAUGGCAUGCAUGUGUGCAAGCAUGGCGGCAAGGCAUCCUCGUCGUCGUCCGGCUCUGCUGAGCUGCUAUUCUCGCUAGGGCUGCCGCUGCUCGACGUGCCGGCCACUCAGGCAGCGACACUCCUUGGCCAGAGUUCCUGCACCUUCUUCCUAGCUCCCUUGUUUCACCGCGCGAUGAUGCCGCUCGCUCCCAUUCGCUCGGCGCUGGGGUUCCCGACGCUCUUUAAUAUCCUGGGCCCCCUCAUGAACCCUGCGCGCCCCCAGCGUGGCGUGUAUGGCGUGCACAGUUCCGGCCUCGGGCCCCUGUACGCCGAGACGCUGAAGCGGACAGGCAUGGAGCACUUUUGGGUCGUCUGUGGCCAGGAAGGCCUCGAUGAGGUGAGCCCCGCCGGCCCGACCGACGUGUGGGAGGUGCGCGACGGCGCGAUUGAGCACCGCAUUGUGCGUCCAGAGGACUUUGGGCUGCCGCCGCAUCCACUCGAUGAGGUACGCUCCGGCACCGCCGCACAGAAUGCUGCCGUUGUCCUGGAGCUAUUUACACUUGGCCACGAGCCGGCGCCAGGCCGACUGAUCGAGGCGCGGCGUGUCUCAGCGGCCCCGCCAGGCUCCCAGCUCGAGGAGAUCCCUGCGGGUACCAAUCUGCGUGCCCUGUGGGACUAUACGUUGCUGCAGGCCGCUGCGCUGCUGUACGUGGCAGGUCAGGGCGGAGGCGAUCCCCGGGCGUGCACCGCACUGGCGCGCCAAUCGCUCGUGACCGGACGCGCACUGCACGCACUCGAUCAUCUGCGCACACUGAUGCACCAGCUUCGUUCGUCCACGACUUGUCCCUAG